GGUGCCUGCGCAGGGUAUGCCGGGAGUCUUGGUGUAAGGUUGGCAGCAGCAGGUGAAGCGGCAUAGAGAACGCGGCGAGAGGAUCCUGUGAAGGGAUUCCCGCGGUCUCCAGAAUCCUGCUCUGGCCUGAUAAGGGCAGGCUUUUCCGUGAGAGGAUUUCAUUUUGUUGAAAUGAGCAGUCGUAAAUCAAAGAGUAACAACUUAAUACAAGCAGAAUACCUUUCACAGGUACAAGGAAUUUUACGUGAAAGAUUCUGUCAUCAGAGUCCACAUAGUAACCUAUUUGGGGUACAAGUACAAUAUAAGCACUUAAUUGAGCUGCUAAAAAGAACUGCUAUUCAUGGAGAAAGUAAUUCUGUUCUCAUUAUUGGACCCCGAGGAUCAGGAAAGACCAUGUUAAUAAACCAUGCUUUGAAAGAACUAAUGGAAGUAGAAGAAGUGAGUGAAAAUGUAUUACAAGUUCACUUAAAUGGACUGCUGCAGAUCAAUGAUAAAAUUGCCUUAAAGGAAAUCACAAGGCAGUUAAAUCUGGAAAAUGUAGUUGGAGAUAAAGUUUUUGGAAGCUUUGCCGAAAACCUUUCAUUUCUUCUGGAAGCUUUAAAAAAAGGUGACCGGACUAGCAGUUGCCCAGUGAUCUUCAUAUUAGAUGAAUUUGAUCUUUUUGCUCAUCAUAAAAACCAAACACUCCUCUAUAAUCUUUUUGACAUUUCUCAGUCUGCACAGACUCCGGUAGCAGUUAUUGGUCUUACAUGUAGAUUGGAUAUUUUGGAACUCUUAGAAAAGAGAGUGAAGUCACGAUUUUCCCACCGGCAGAUACACUUAAUGAAUUCAUUUGGUUUUCCACAGUAUCUUAAAAUAUUUAAAGAACAAUUAUCUCUACCUGCAGUAUUUCCAGGCAAGAUUUUCGCUGAGAAGUGGAAUGAAAAUGUUCAGAGUCUCUCAGAAGAUAGGAGUGUGCGAGACGUGCUGCAGAAGCAUUUCAAUGUCAGCAAAAGCCUGCGGUCAUUACACACGCUAUUGAUGCUUGCUUUAAAUCGUGUAACACCAUCACACCCAUUUAUGACUGCAGCAGAUCUGAUGGAGGCAAACCAGCUGUGUAGCAUGGACUCUAAAGCAAAUAUUGUACAUGGUCUGUCAGUCUUGGAAAUCUGUCUUAUCAUAGCAAUGAAACAUUUGAAUGACAUCUAUGAAGAAGAGCCCUUUAAUUUUCAAAUGGUUUAUAAUGAGUUUCAGAAGUUUGUUCAAAGGAAGGCCCAUUCUGUUUAUAAUUUUGAGAAACCUGUUGUCAUGAAGGUGAGAAAACGAGUAACACAGUAGUGGCCCUGUCCAGAGGAUUGACAGACCCUGGAAUUCAACUCAUUUCGUUGACACCAAAACUCAGUAAUGCGUUCCUUACCAUGUAUUUUUAACCAUGUAUUUUUAAAAGUAUACUCUAAAAAACUAUGUACUUGGUUUUUAAGAAGUAUUUCGUUUAGAAUGGAAUAUGAGAUUUCUGUGCAUAAGAAUAGCUCUUUAGUAGUUGCAACCUGUUCUUUGCAUAUCGGCAUUCUAAGUUUUCAGAUCACUGUCAUUUACUUUUCAGCAGUGUAUUAUGAAAGUUAAGGCUUGCACCCUGGUUCUAUGCAAUGGUCUACAGAUUUUUAGGGGAUAUUUUGCAAAAAUACUUCCCAUGGUGGCAUCACUAUUACCAGAAGCAAGGAUUUUGCACUUGAGCUAAGAUUGUCCCUUUAAAAAUUCUUCUCAACUGUUUAGAGAAUACCCUCUGCUUAAAGGCACUGACCAUAAAAGCACCCAAAGAACUGUCUUGAAGAUUGCAAAUUUUUAUCAGUUUAAGAUGCCACUAAAAGGUUGAGAGCCCUCACCUGCCUUACAGAAAAUCCGUCAGUAUCAGUGAAAGAGCUAUGAAACACACUAGAAAAAAUAGGUUAGCAGAAGUCAUACAAAUGAAGCAUGUGCCUACAUUUCAAGGGCAUUUUUUUCAGAGGAAUGUUGAUGUUCCCCUUUCCACAUUCCCUAAUACAGAGAAGCUAAAUAUACUUAAAAUUUUUUUAACUAACUUCAUCUCUUAAAUUGCUUAAACCAUCAUGAAUAAAAUAAAAACCAAAUCUGAAAAAGCCCUAGUAAAAAGCUUUCGAGAAUAAUGUAAACAAAUAUGGCUUAAAGAUAUUUUCAUUUACUAGAGGAGGAAUGUAGCCUGUUAACAGCACAAUCAAAAGACUGAAAACCAGGUGAGGAGGAAUGUUAGCGCCAUCAGUGCAGUUUUCACUCAUGUGAUUCCCUCCAGGUGCCCUACCAAAAACAGGAUCUUAUUAAGAAAAGAACAAAGUCUUUCCAAUUUUGUAGACAUGCAUGUGAAUGGCUCUGAGGAAGAGCUGUUGGUCCAAACUUACCAUAUCAUAAUGCUAUAUAUGUUGAUUAUAUACUGUUAACUGUCUGAAGAAUCUGUUUUGCAGAACAACGCUGUGGAAACAGUUUCGGUCUUUCCGUAGAGAUUCCUUGCAGAUUCCACCAUGGUUUGCAUUUUCAUUUGGUUUUAGAAGACAACGCAGGUUCUUUCAAACCACCAUAACCUAAGUGUUGCCCUUUCCUUCACCUUUACCCUAAAGAAAUUGAGAAUCCAUGGGUGUGAACUGUGACGCUCAGUGUGACAAGGUAGGGCUCUUCCACCCCCACUUUCUUCGAAAGUCACAGGAUAAAGAAUUUACAACACUAAAAAUGUAAAUGAAUGCUAGCUUCCUUGGUGAUCUCUCUUAACCAAUUACCCUAAGUGAAAAUACCAGAAUUCUUCUGUUCAACUGGUAAACUAGUUAUAGUUGGGAAGAGUAGUUUAUGUCUUUGAUAUCUAUUACCUAAGCCACUUUUUUAAAAUCUCCGUAUGAAAAGACAAGGUAACUAAGGCCAUUUAGCCUCUCUUAAAAUUGGCAGGACCAACAUAUGUAGUUUAGUGGGAAUACAAUUUGUUUACACAACAAAGGAGGGAAAUGCCACAACUGACAAACCUCCCUUUCACCUAGCUCCAUUCUUGCAAAUCUCAAGGUGUAAGCCUCACUAUAAAUUAUAAAGCUGCUGUUCCCCUCUUUAAGAACGUAUAACUAAAGAAAAACUUCAUAUGCAAAUCAUACCAUAUUUAUUUUUUUAUUUAACUUGGGAAUGGAAUGGGGAUAGCAUACAUUUUAUUUGUACAAUAUUUAACAAUCACUUACCCAAGGUGGGGUUUUAUGGGACUUUUUUUUUUCUUUUUUAACUUUUUGUUAAAUACUUGCAGAAAAAAUAGCAAGUACAAUUUGACAGUAGUACAACAACCUGUGCCCAAAACACUGACAAGAAAUACAGAGUAAAGCUAAAAUAACUGUUUACCAAUAUUUUGAGAGGUAACAAAUAGGAUAUGGGUUGAGACUGCAUAAAAAAUGUACUGCUGGUUGAAUAUCUGAGGUAAAUUAUGUUCAAUCAAGAUGCUACUUGUAUCAUUUUGCCCAUAAAUCAGUAAAUAAUUUUAUGCACAUUAUACCAAAUGUUCCUAAAAAGUAGUAUUUUAAAAAGGUAAAAAAGAGAAACUGGAAAAUAUCUGUGGUGAAGCAUUUUUUUAAAACAGUAAUCAGUUUAUUCCACUGAACUAUCAUCUGGCCAGGAUUUUUUCCCCUACCACCUGCAUUUUACUUAAAUGUAGCUGUUACCUAGGAGUGAGGAAAGGGGGAAGAAGAGAUUCUUUUUAGUUUCAUGAUAUAUGACUAAUUUUUAAGUUCUAAACUUUUUUUUUUCCUGAUUGUAUUUUCGAAACAUCACCAUGAAGGAUAGUGCAAGUUCACGGGACCAACAAUUGUGAGGCACAGUCUCUGUUCUGGAAUUCACAAGGUACCUGUAAUAAACAUUCAAACAAGAAUCACACAUCACAUGCUAAAAACUUCCUAGCAUCUAAAAUACAUACAAGAGCUGUGCAGGGCAUAAACUUCGAAGAAAGCCAAACACUGGUUAAUCCAUCAGUCCUAUGGCAGUUGAUCAUAAAGCAUUCCUUACACGGAGAUCUGGGCAAGGUAAAGAGUAUAAGUUAGAGCAGCAGUUCUGAUGGGUGUCAUAAAGGCAAAAUACAAGACGAAUCAUAAGGAGCACCAUCAUACACAUGAGGAAAAAAUUACUGGGGUCUCAGUGUACCCCAAAACAAAUUUUUCUUUUUUUGAUCUUUCUUUUUUCAGUAUCCCUAAGCUCAAAGUUUUUAUUAACUUGCCCACUUACACUGACUGUAAACCAAACAUGAAAAUGCCCUGCAAAAGAAAGUUUUAACAAGACUAGGUAUCAGGAUAGGUAGUCACUGGAACAUUCUUAUUUUACUGCUUAUAAAAAGUAUUUUUCUGUCAAUGUAAUUCUCAAAAGGAUACAGGUUUUAAAAUUGGUUAGCUAGAGUUAAGUACAAUACCCAGGAUUUCUAAAAAUUUUUUCUAACAUGAAGAGAAAACUUUAUUUUGUGAAUAAGUGGUCUUAUAAAGUUUAUCUCUAAGAUUCACAUAAGCCAAACAUUCAUCAUAAUAUUCCCUUUUUUCUUUUGAUUUUUUUUUUAACUUUUAAAAACAGAAUUGUUCACAACAGGUAGAAAUUAGUCUUCAGGAGAUUAACAAUUUUCAUGUAUGAACAUUCUCAUCAUUUUCCCUUCUUAAUUAGUUUCCAAGUAGAAGCAAAACCAAACCAAAAAUUGAGAAGCCAAGUACUUUUUGAAAUAAAGGUGAACUCAACAUUGAAAUGGGAAUUCUUAGAAAUACAACAAAGCCUUGGGUACAUUACGUGACCAAGAGCACAAAGUUCUGUAUGGUGUGUGGCACACAGACAACAAUGCUGUUACUCUUCUUUCCCUCCCUGCUUAAAGGAGUCUGUUGACCUAUGUAUUAUUUAUAAAUAAUAUAAUUUAUUAUUCCCAGAGAUUAAGUGCAUGUUUUAUGUAAAAUGUAGUGUACUGUGUGGUUAAAUAGCCAUUUGAAGAUAACACAUUCACAGUGAGCUCCUGAUAGUGACAUGUAAAAAAUUCUUUUAUAAAAUUAAUGUAUGGAUUUUAAAAUGACCUGACAAAAGUACAUAGCAUAAUACUGGCUAUUUGUUGGUCAUCAGUAAUCCAGAAAUUCAGGAAAUUAAUGUUUUACUUUGGCCUAUAAAUUUGAGAAAGAAUCCAAUUAUAUUCUAAUAUUGUUUUGAAAAGCACUUUGGCACCUACCUACCGUCAAUUCCAUUUUCUUAUCAAAGAUAAGGCAUGAACUAUCCUAAACUAAUAUCAGGGUUAGUUGUAAAAGCAAUUCGUGGGAGGAGGCUAAGCUAUGUUACCUAUAUCAACAUUGGUUACCUCUAAAUGUCAUUGCAUAUUUUAAGUUAUAAGUUUAACUUGUUAUCCCUGAUUUGUUUUAAAGCAGUAACAUCUGAAAUCUGUGCUUAAAAAUUUAAAUCUCUAUCCUAGGAUAAUUCUUGACAUAUCACAGACAUCAAAUAUUACUCUGACAAGAUGGCACCAAGCAGAAAUAUAGUGAUAAAGUUACAAGUCUCAAAGCAGAGAGUGAGGAAUUCUGGGUAAUGACACUUCCUGAGGUGAUCCUAAAACAGUGAUAAAGAAUGUCCCACACACUGUUUGGUGAAAAGAAAUACACUACAAUUUUACAUAUAUAAAUAGGAAAAAAAAAUCUAUUUUAAAAGAAUAAAAAUGAAGAGCUUUCCAGUGUUACAGCUCACUUUUUAAAAAAUUUAAAUCAUGCUUUAAAUUUUCAAAUAGUCCCCAAGCACAGCACACCUAGAAAAAUAUGUAGGUAAGUAAGUAUGCAACAUUUUGGGAACUGGAUAUAAGAUGAAGCUUUAAAAUAUGGGAGAAAGAGGGUAAAGACACCAUUUUUUCAUUUCAAAAAACACUUUUUUUUCCUUAAAUCACAAGCUAGCACAAGAAAAGCUAAAACACUGCUUUACGAAUGGCCACUUACUGUUGGCACUAAGCAUAGCUUACCUUUUUUCUUAAAUAACACAGUGAAUUUGUAAUACCUUGUUACAAAACGGGUCAAUUUAUUAUUCAAAUUUUGUUAGUGUUUUCAAUUUUAUAAUUUAGCAACCGUGGAACUGAGGUAUACCUUGUUGAGGGAGGUUAAAGUAAUGCUUGGAAGCCUCUUUACUGUACCCCACUUAGAUGACUUUGUUUAUGUACACAGAACAGCAGCACACUAAACAUUCACAAGCUGUGUCAUAUUGGCAUUACAAUAGUCAUUUAUAGAAACACAACAGCAAAUGCAAUAAAAACAAGUUACCCUUUUUAAAAUCUGAAAUGAAAAGUUUUUGAUUUAAAAAAAAAUAGCAGUAGUUCAUUUUAGGAAUUAGUGUCUUCGGACAGACAUUAAGAAAUCUGAUGUCAGUUUUCAAACACUUGAUUAGCCAGGUCCAAAAAGA